AUGGUUUCCGGUUGUUUUUCUGUUUUGUUCUUAGUGCAGUCAGCACCCAGCUAUCCAGCCCCCCAGCACCCAGUUUCACAGCUACCCAGCCAUCCAGCACCCAGCUACCCACCCAGCCACAGGCACCCAGCCAUCCAGCACCCCAGCUACCCAGCUACCCAGCCAUCCAGCCGCCCAGCACCCAGUUUCACAGCUACCCAGCCAUCCAGCACCCCAGCCACCCAGCUGUCCAGCCACAGGCACCAGCCAUCCAGCACCCAACUACCCAGCCAGCCACCCAGCUACCCAGCUGUCCAGCCACAGGCACCCAGCCAUCCAGCACCCCAGCUACCCAGCCAUCCAGCACCCCAGCUACCCAGCCAUCCAGCACCCAGCUACCCAGCAUCCAGCUACCCAGCCAUCCAGCACCCUACCAAAACAUAUAAUAAAGCAUAA